UCCAGCUGACGUCCGCUCCUUGGUAUUCGCUACGAUUUUGAGGCUUCUGAUAGACGUAAAGUCUUCGUCAGCUCAUAUCUACUACCGUCACUCCUUCGACACUUGUUUAAUUCAUUCGCCUUCGGCAUCGCUCUUUUACCAUCUUUUAAAAGUCGACUAUCGUCUCUUUCUUUACGCUCCUUGAGUCCGCUUUUAUUAUCCCGUCGCCUUCGAACGACUUAAUUAUCCCACUCUUUUGCAGUCAGCAUCUGUGUCGUGCAGGCAGACACCUUUCCUUCACGUCGCAGUCUAUCGCUCUAUUUUCGAGGCAUUGGCGUAUAUAUCAUUCUGUGAUAUUCGUCAAGUUGCGGUCCAUAAGCGCCGCGCUUACUUCCGCCAAAAACAGCAGAAAUUACUUCGUUCAAACGACCAGACGUGGAUGUUACCAGGAUGGCCCAUCAUGGCACAGGACAUACUCGGUUCAACAGGGUAAUGCGGAGAAAAUACCAACUAGAUUCAGCAUACUAUAGCGAGACCGGGCAGAACCGCGAAAAUGUCCAUGAUACACCAGCAACCAUGUCCCACGAGACGGUCGUAGCUGGGAUGAAGAACGACAAGAUUCUGGACUCGGAGAUGCAGAAGCACGAGGUGUACGACAGCCAAGAAUUGCUCGAAAAGCGACAACAAUCCGAUACAGCCACUGGAGACCAGACUACGGUGUCUGCUACUGUGAUCAACGUGGUCGAUAACAAUUCGCAGACUAGCUCCGGUACAUCGGCAACCGCUCCGACCACGAUAUCUGAUGAGUCGACCGUGCCCGCAACAACCGACUUGUCAACCGAAUCAGACUCCUUUAGCUUGUCGCUUUCCGCUACCAUCUCGGUUGAAGUACCCCUGACUGCUUCUCCUGCGUACUCCUCUCCCACUGCGGAUACACCAGCAGUGACAAGUACACCUGAACCAUCAUCGUCCGCCCCACCCUCGUCCGCCCCCGCAUCUUCAAAGACAUCGACUCCGUUGUUCGGCUCUACCGCAACCUCUCUCCCUUCUUCAACAUCCAUCAAACCCUCGAGCACGGUGUCCGACUCCAAUACGAGUGGAACGCAGAACGCUAGUCAAGUGACGGCCUCCAGCUCCGGCGUUGUAUUCAGCUACGGUUCUCAAUCCACGACGACGUCCUCUGUGUCCCAGACAAGCUCUGCCACGACAUCCAUCUUCUCUUCCGAUCCCACUUCAACCGACUCGUAUUAUGGGGCCUGGACUACAGCUUCGAAUGGUGGGGGCGGAGGAUUAGGGGGAACUGCCACUGGACAAGCUGCCUCGGAGACUUCAUUCUCUUCGGGGAGCUCAGGCUCAGGCACCAACUCCACUUCUAGCUCCGGUUCUAGUUCCGGGUCCGGGUCUCUUAGCACUCAGACUAAAGGCAAGAUCGCCGGUGGCGUAGUCGGUGGCGUGGCUGCCGCUAUGUUUGUCUUCGUGUUUGUAGUCUGGCUGCUCCGGCGCCGCAGGAGGAAUAUCCUGCCCGCGUCUGGGGAUGCACUUCCCGAGCCAGACACGACUGGGACUGCCGAAGGUUCUAUCCCCCGCUCAGCAGAGAUGGCGUCGCGGCGGUCCAGUAAUGACCCUCUAUUCACUGCGUCGUACUUUGCCCCGGCGUUCAUGAAGCGAUGGCGCCAAUCGCACAUGACAACGCGCACCGAUGAUAGUACUUUAAGCUCCGAACCCAGUGAGCGCGGCUUUCAGAAGAUCUCCGGUCGAAAAAUCCCUUCAGUGCUGCAGUCAGGAGGGGACGGAUACGGUGGUGGCUUUGAACCGGGAUCGCCUACGGCAUCUGAGCCGAGUACAAUAUUUUCCCCAAGCUCGCCUGUUCAGCCACGGUCACCAGCGACGCAACCGCCUCUUACAACCCCAUAUGGCAUGCCGCUGGAUGCCAGCUAUACCCGUGAAGCGGAGGAAUCGGGGGGCAUGGUGGUGUUUCGACCAUCUCCGGCCCGGACGCCAGUGACGUCGGCUAGUGCCAGUCUAUCCAAUGAACCUGGGGCGCCGCGUAUCGUCUCCCAGGUCAUUGUCCCGGGAGCUCUAUCUCCGACCAUGCCCAAGCGGCCGGAUGCGCUCGGGCGGAGCCAUCCGAGCUUUGAUGGCAGCCGGGGGAGUCGAUUUACGGAGAGUAUAUGAAUAGCUCAGGGGAUGUGGGUAUAUACUUGGAGCUAUGUACAUAUGUGAAGGAGUUAUAAAUAUGGCUUCCGGGGGGUGUCCCGGACUGGCCAUGGUGAUCACGUCUGGAUUC